CAGCGUCAUCCUGCCUCCCUCCUCCUGCCUUCCGCCCCUCGCCAGGAACGGCUUCGCUCCCGUCACGUGAUGUGCUCGCGUUCACGUGGGAACAAUUCCGUCUACUCCCACCGCGGAAGCUACGACUGUGGGAACCUUGGUCCAGGAGCUAAAGGAUGCUCCCCAGAGCGGGAAUCUAUUACUUUCCUUGGGAGAUCAGUGCUGGUGCAGUCCCAGAAGGAGAAACUGUGAGAACAUUUGGCAGGUUCCAGUGUUAUGAUAUGGUUCGGUCCAGAGUGACUUUGGUGGCUCAGCAUGAAUCGGUCCAGCAUCGGGUCCAUGUCUGCACCAAGCUGGUGGAGCCGUUCCAAGCUCAGCCAGGCUCCCUGUACAUGGUGCUGGGGGAGUACGACCGGAGCGAUGAUACAGUUUCCAUGGUAAAAGCUCGUGUGCUGACCUGUGUGGAGGGGAUAAACCUGCCUUUGUUAGAACAAGCCAUCCAGAAGCAGAGGAAGUAUCACCAGGAGAGGGACCAUCAACAAGGGAAGGGGAGCCAAGGACAUGGGCAGGAGAGCAAGAACGACUCCUAACCUUGUAUGGCCUGAUAACAGAUUAGUUGGUGUUUGCCCAGAGCCAAGGGGUUAGUUUGGCCCCUGUCCCUUAUGCUGUGUCCCAAGAAGAUCAACUCCCUUAUUUAAUACUGGAAGGAAUCACCAGAAGGGGCAGCAUCCGGCUCCAGAGGUCUGGGAGAACAGAUACUGUCACUCCAACAGUUAUGUUUCUUUCCAUCAUAUUAGUGUGAAAACAGAGUUGUAAGUGCCCAAGUACUUCUUUCCCCCAAGAACCUACUUGUUUUCCCAGACACCAUUUUUUGUUGUUGUUGUUGAUAUGGACAGCGGGAUGUUUAUGAAAGCAACUUUUUUUUUCUACAGAGCUGGAUAUUUAAUAAUAGUAAUAAAAUUAGGUUUUUUUUGUUUUU